CAAACUCGUAUCACUCGUAUGCCGUAGUCUAUAAAGACAUGCGAGGAGGAUGUAAAAAUGUUUAAUGUAAAUAGACACGAUAAGCAUGAUGAGAGAAUUACGGGUGUUACGUGACAACGGCGCCGUUAAUUGAAUAAUCGGGGAUCGAGUCGUCGAGCCGAACGCGGUUCUAGAUCCUGGAUCAUCAUGGCGACGCUGCCGCCGCGUAAAAAUCCAACGCCGACGAAAAUAUCAAAGGAGGACUUGACGCCGCUCGAGAUUUUACUGCAACUCGGUUUUCCAAGGCACAGAGCAGAGAAGGCACUAGCUGCGACUGGAUAUCGGGGCCUGCAACUCGCCUCCGAUUGGCUUCUGGCUCACGUUCGCGACCCAACGUUAGACUGCAAUGAGCCCAGGGAGUACGUGUUGUACGCCUGUCCCACUGGACCACUUGCCGAAAAGCUUCUCGCUUUCUGGACCGAGAGCAGAGAGCUUGGCUGGAAUGGCGCGCAUAAUUGCAUGCCGCACGUCACUCUUGUAUCGUUUUUCAAAGCGCCUGACGAGGCAGCGGAGAAGCUAGCAGGACUUUUGGAGGACGUAGUUAGCCUGAAAGACAGUCCGGAUAAAAUCGGUCUAGAAACUUACAUCUCUCCAAAUUUCAUGGGUCUCUUUAUAGAAGAGAAGCACGCUAACUGGUUGAAAACAAUCGCAGUCAAGUUUGUAAACAAAUUAUCGAGCCUCUCGAUAUCCGCCGAACCACCGACAAAGUCUCUGCAUAUAACACUAGCCUACCAAUUUUCCGAGAGCCUUUUUCAGCCGCUGAGAAACAUGGCAGAACGGUUGGGCUACACGACCCGAGCCAACUGGGAACUGAGACUCUAUUCGAGGGAUUCGAGGGUGGGCGACGCUCACGUUCACAAAGUCACUCAUGCUCACGUACCUAGAGAACACGACGAGCUCGAGCUCAGGCCCGGAGACUAUAUUUACCUCUCGGAACGAGCCUGCAGCGAAUCUAUCGACGGAUGGGUCGAAGGAACUUCCUGGCUCACCGGUAUAACCGGUUACCUCCCUCUCAACCACACCAAACGUACCGCCGAAUCUGACGCCUGGACGCUGCACUCGACGGUUCAGAUAAUUGAAAACAGGGUGGAAAGUAUAGAGGAAGAAAUACCCAGAACGAGAAAUCCGCCGAUAUUAUCAUCUAAUGAAUCGUUGGAUAUGCCUGAUGGAAUACCGACCGAUCAUGAGCCAAUGGCAGGUUCCGAGGCGCCGCAAAUGUCUUCGAGGCAGAUAUUCAUCUGCCGGCAUGGCGAGCGAGUUGAUUUUACAUUCGGAGCGUGGAUACCUUACUGCUUUGAGGCGAAUGGUUGUUACGUUCGACGUGAUUUGAACAUGCCGAAGGAUAUACCAGCGCGAAAUAUCCAGGAGUUUCAAAACGACUGCCCGCUCACGACGCUGGGAGAAAUUCAGGCGAAUUUGGUAGGGCAGGCGAUGAGGUCGUCGAACGUGACGAUCGACGUUGCCUACGCCUCGCCUUCGCUGCGCUGUGUUCAAACGCUGUCGCAGAUUCUUCAAGGGCAUGGAUCCGACGUGAGAAUCAAAGUCGAGCCGGGUCUGAUCGAGUGGCUGGCUUGGUACCCGAACGGUCUUCCGGUCUGGAUGACGCCAGAGGCGCUUACGAAGGCAGGUUUUGACGUAGACUUGAAUUACAAGGCCAUUGUAAAGACCGAGAGUCUUCCGCAGCGGGAAAACGCCGCACAGUAUUACGAAAGGAGCUUCAAAUUGAUUGAAAAAAUAAUCGAACAAACCAAGGGCAAUGUCCUGAUCGUUGCUCACGCCGCUUCUCUCGCCGCUUGCACCAGGCAGCUCACCGGUGGUCGAGUACCGCCUGCUGCCGAAGUGACCAGACUCGUUCAACGUGUUCCUUAUCUCGCCUGUCUGACGGCUCAACAAGGCCCAGACGGAUGGCAGUUGCUUCCACCUCCGUUCCCUCCGAUAACUCACACCAGCAAUAGUAGAUUCGACUGGAAAAUAUUAACGUAAAUAGGUAUAAACAUUUUUUUUAUUCCUUUGCGGAUGAAGGGAGAACUUUUUUUAAAUUGAUAACGUUUGCACAUCUCACGUAUUGAUAUAAUACUAGAGAAUAUCGCAGACUACUAUUGAUACAAUGAAUCGAUUAGAUCUGAUAGCCACUUGCAAUUAAUUAUACAACGUUGCUGUCUGCGUUACUUGUACGUAACGUUGUAUUGUUGAAUUGUAUUGUUGUCCUUCCGUCCCUCCCAAUUCCGGAGUAGUUUUUUUUGAACGACUCGUUAAAUCUUAUUACAAAAUAGUAGUUAUUUAGAUCUUACGUAUUUAUUAAUCGUUAUUGUACUAGCUACGGUUGGAGAUAUGUUUCUUCGUGAAUUUUACUAUUAUACACGUAUGAAUGUAUGUAUACAUAUUUAUUGUUAUUACGGGUAUCGCGGGCUUAUAUUUACUGGGUUAAUUGUUGUUGGUUGUUAUUGAAAAUUAUUAUGAAUCUGGUGUAAGCGAUCUGAAUUUUAAUCUUUGUGAUAUUUCUGAAUUUCUCAGUGUCUCAAAUCAAUUCAUACACGAGAUCCAAAAUUCAUUUCUCGUUUGUUGACAACAGUUACUUUCUUGUUUUUGAACGUAAUAAAUUAUCCGUGAAAAGAUUUUAUCGUCAAUUAUGAUAAAUGAAAAAAAGAACAAUUUCGAAUCACAAUCUAUGUGUCUUUUGAUCGUAAGAUUAGGAACUACUAACUUUUACCUUAACAUAGACACUCCAUAAUCAUUACUAAAUUUUAAUGUACUAGGUGCGAUAAUUCAAUUCUAUAUAUUUACUGUUAAGUUGACCAAAGAGAAUGAUACAUAGUACAUUAUAAUUUCUGUAUGAAAAUAUUUUAUCUAAAAUAUAUAAACAUGCAAA